AUGAAAAUUUGUGAAGUUCUUCAGGCUAAUGUAUUGUUGGAAAAAUUUCCUCCUUCCUGGAGGGAGUUCCGUAACAAUCUUAAGCAUAGGAAAGAGUUCCUGUCUCUUCAGGAACUAAUCAGUCAUAUGAGGAUUGAAGAGGCAAACCGGAUCAAGGAUAAUCAGGACUCGGUUCUUGUCAAUGUUACCAAAGCUAAUCUGGUGGAAUCUGCUGUUGCUUCUUCAGGUUCUGAUAAGUUUGAAGGUAAAGGUAAGAAGGUCAUCAAUAAAGGUAAGAAGCAAGGGAAAUUUAACAAACCGAAUGGUAAGAUUCAGAAGAGGACUGUCCUUUGCUAUGUAUGCGGAUUUUGUGAUGCAAGUUGGGUAUCUGGCAAUGAUGAGAUUAGUUCAACUAGUGGGUAUGUGUUUACCCUUGGUGGUAGUGGAAGUCUUCGAAGCAGACUUGUAUAG